AUGCCCACAGGAAGGAAAACGGGGCAAGACCCAGGUGCAGUGAAUCGUGUGCAUCGCGACGCCCGGCACCGGCACCGACCCGGAGACGAGGGCAGCAACGGCCCAGGCACUGGCCGGCCGGUCACCGGGGACGGCGGAGUGGAGGCGAUCAGGCUCGGGUACUCGCGCAGCCCCGAUGGCAUCGAGCUGAGUAGCCCAAGCCCAGCGGAAAUCACGAGACCGAAUAUGUAG